AUGUUUAUACGGUCAGUUUUUUAUUUAACACUGUCAAAUGUUGUGUUAAGCAGUUCUAAAAGUUAUGAUGAUGCGCUAAGUGGUAACAUUUUCGAGCCAUCAGUUAUUCCAAUUUCACCAUCAUCAUCAAUCUACACCAAGAUACCAGUAUCACCAUCGUCCACUUGUUAUCCCGACGCAUCAGAAACAACACAAUACUCCGUAAGAUCAGUGCAAAGAUGUGCAGCUUAUUGCAGCGUCCUACCGACCUGCAGAAGAUUCAAUUAUUAUUACCAGAGUAAUGUCUAUGGAACUGCUGGAGAUUGUCGCUUGUUUCCAUCUUCUAACUGCCACCAUGUUCCUCAAAUCAAUGGAUUCCUCGCUUACGUCAAUAAUGUUGUUAUGCGUGGGGAUGAAUGUCACCUCUACAACCCCUGCCUGGUUGCAGGUAGUCAUCCAAUAAAUAGUCCAGCCAACAUGUUCCCUCACAUCGACCCAGCCUACUUCAUCCAGUGUUCAAACGGAAUAUGUCACGUCAAGCCCUGCCCAUCUGACACUCAUUUCGACAUUAGUUUGAAGAUUUGCACAAGAAAGUAG